CUGUUCGCUCUCACACACAGAGAGAGGAGAGGAGAGGUCUACAUUCAGUCCUACACAGAUCUUUACUUCCACCAGAUCCAGCUGGAGGAUGCUGCAGUGAAGGACGGGAGCCGUGGAGGGACAGCUGGAUUUAGCGCGUCUUCUCCUGUAAACGGAGAGAGUUUCUUUGUUGGUUUGGAGCUUUUUUAUUCCGGAUAGGAGGACUUCAGUGCUGGACUAGACCCUAGCGCCUCCUGAGGACAUCAUGCCUCAGACUCCUCCCUUCAGCGGCCAGCUGAACACCAGCAGCUACAACAAAAACCUGUACCAGACCAAGGACCAGGGCUUCCCCGGCCUCUAUUACCAUGACAACAACCUGGUGUCGGGGUCACUGGAGGCCCUCAUCCACCACCUGGUCCCCACCGUGGACUACUACCCCGAUAGGACCUACAUCUUCACCUUCCUGCUCAGCUCUCGGCUCUUCAUCCACCCCUAUGAGCUCAUGUCUAAGGUGUGUCACCUGUGCAUGGACCAGCAGAGACUCAGCGAUCCACAGGGCGACAUGAUCCGGAUCCGAAAGAUCACUCCAAAGAUCCUGCAGCUGCUGACCGAGUGGACAGAGACGUUUCCGUACGACUUCAGGGACGAGAGGAUGAUGAGGAGUCUGAAGGAGCUGACGCACCGGCUCGCCACGGGAGACGAGGUGUACAGGAAAGCCGUGGGUCAGAUGAGUCAGGGUCUGAUCCGGAGGCUGACCGUGCUCAGUCAGUACGAGGAGGCACUGGUCAAGAUCAACGCCACGGCGGCUGAGAGACUGUCGGCGCUGAAGGCGAAGCCUCAGGCGACCAUCCAGAGAGACGUGCUGUCCAUCUGCAACGACCCGUUCACCGUGGCCCAGCAGCUCACGCACAUAGAGCUGGAGAGACUGAGCUACAUCGGACCAGAGGAAUUUGUCCAGGCGUUCGUCCAGAAAGACCCUCUGGAUAACGAUAAGAGCUGCUUCAGUGACCACAAGAAGGCCAGCAACCUGGAGGCCUACGUGGAAUGGUUCAACCGCCUCAGCUACCUGGUGGCCACGGAAAUCUGCAUGCCCGUGAAGAAGAAGCAUCGAGCUCGGGUCAUCGAGUUCUUCAUCGACGUGGCUCGAGAGUGCUUCAACAUCGGAAACUUCAACUCCCUCAUGGCCAUCAUAUCUGGGAUGAACAUGAGUCCUGUGUCCCGGCUGAAGAAGACGUGGAGUAAAGUCAAAACGGCCAAGUUUGACAUCCUAGAGCAUCAAAUGGAUCCUUCCAGUAACUUCUACAACUACAGGACGGCUCUGAGAGGAGCCACACAGAGAUCCAUCACCGCCAACAGCAGCAGAGAGAAGGUCAGGAACCAGGAACACGUCCUCCUUAGUCCUUUUAAUCCCUCAGAAACAGUUCCUAAUGAUCUUCUUCAGAUGGUUUUGUCUCUAACGGGGGUGGAGACUGAGUCCGGGAUCGUCGUGCCCUUCUUCAGCCUGCUCAUAAAGGAUCUCUACUUCCUGAACGAAGGCUGCGUGAACCGGCUGCAGAGCGGACACAUCAACUUUGAGAAAUUCUGGGAGCUGGCCAAACAAGUGAGCGAGUUCAUGACGUGGAAGAAGGUGGAGUGUCCGUUUGAGAAAGACCGUAAGAUCCUUCAGUACCUGCUGACGGCGCCGGCGUUCACUGAAGACGCGUUGUAUCUGGCGUCCUACGAGAGCGAGGGUCCUGAGAACAACAUGGAGAAGGACAGAUGGAAGUCACUGAGAUCUACUCUGCUCAGUCGAGUCUAAACUUCAAACCAGAAUGAAGACCAACAUGCCAGCUAUGUCCCCACCCCACUCCCCUCUGGCUGCUGAGGUCCAAACCCAGAAUCCCUGCAUUUGAGGGAAACGACAAUCUCUGAUGCUGGAGGAUCCUUAGAGUCCGCGUUCUCUGACCCUCCUGCUCCCUGGAUUUCAGAGCAGCUGUUUUUCACCUCUUUCUAAGAAUUUGUAGUCUUUUUUUUUAAACAGAAACACUACAGACCUUCAAAAUAAAAGCGUAGGGCAGCCAAGGUUGGGCUUUAUGUGCCCUUGUUAUUUUUUCCACUGAAGCUAACGGUUAGCCGCUGGUCGGCUAACGGUGAAACUGUGGCUGGUUCCAUAAAUGAGCACUCUUUCUAUGAAGCUGAACACUGCUGGAGAUGAAGCUGGUCUGAGAGGAUGACCAUGGUGAUGAAGCUGGUCUGAGAGGAUGACCAUGGUGAUGAAGCUGGUCUGAGAGGAUGACCAUGGUGAUGAAGCUCUGUCCCAGCAUCUGAAAAUGCACUGGCUGCAGGUUAAUGUUUGUCUGAGAUUAUAAAGUUUAGUAGAUUAUUUUAGACAGGAAGAAACACUCAGAUCAGCUUUAUCACUAUAAUCACACACAGACCCUUUAUUCUGCUCCAGCAGACCCAGAUUAACCUUUGACCUCAGAUUGAUUCUCCUAACUUUGACCUCAGAUUGACCUUAGAUUAUAUAUAUAUAAAUAGCAGAAUAAAAGAUUAAUGUCCACUCCUGGCCACCGUACUGAUGGUUAUGUGAGAGUAAAGGUCUCUGUGUGAAUAUGGUGACUGCUGAUGAAUGAAGGUGUCAGUGAGAUUUUACUAAAGCAUCUAAAACUCUCUGGAGUUAAACGUCCUGACGUCCAUGGCGUCCCGAUGUCUGCGGCGUCCCGACGUCUUUAAUGAUCAGAUCAUUCUUAGUGACAACACUCCGAUGUAUCCUGAUAAUCAGUGUUUUAACCCUCGGCCCCUGGAUCCAGGUUUACCGUCCCUUCAUUCUAUGUUAGAAAAAGAGUGUGGCAGUGCUGCCCCCUGGUGGUUCACCUUUAUGAUUUCUGUGUUUUUAUGUUGACUGUUUAAAUGUUCAUAUCUGUUUUAUUUAUAAAGCUGUACCCUCUCUGCCCUCAGUGCCAGUAUUGAUUUUAUUAUUUAAUUACACAUUCGUUUCAUAACCUCAGUAGUCCUCAGACAUGGGCCUGGUCUUAUUUUAAGCUGAUAUUGGCGUCCUAAUGCCUCCGUAGACAUGGGCCUGGUCUUAUUUCUAUAAAGUCUGAGAUUCGUCAGUUUUCGAGGUACCUGUUCAGAGAAUGACGUUAACCUGUUUGACUGAUGAUGAUGAUACCUUGGCCUUCCUCCUCCUCUCAUGUUUUAUUUGUAUAAAUCUGUUUCUUUGUUCUCAUGCUUGUUUCCGGACUGUUAUCGUGGACCAGAGGAACUGUUCUGGAUGCUUCAGUUUGUGUUUAAAAGAUGUUAUUAAUAAAAAAUGGUGAAACGGA